UGACACAGGGGUGAGCCUGGCUGUCCUAUACGCCAAAAGAUAGAAAAAGAAAGAAAAAAAGAAAAGAAAAAGUAGAAGAUGUUACCUGACAUUCGUGUAUAAUUGAGCAAUGAUUAAUUAAAUAAAAAAAAAAUAUAAUAAAGCGCCCUUCUUUUACUAUUACAACUCUCCAUCUCUCACCGGAAAACCUGCAGGCUUUCUCGCCGGAAUCGAGUCGGUUCGGCCGGGUCGCUUCGCUUUUGACUUUGCGUCUUCACGAAGCUGAACCUCCAAGCUCGAAGCUCAACGCUGCUCGCUUGCUUCUUCUUCUCCUCCUCUAAUUCUUUCAAAGCUUUCAAUUUCGUGGGUUUCCAUUUUUGUCCCUCUCUCUGUACAAUGGGUUGUGCUGGAUCGUCACAGACCAAAGGAGACGGGACAUUGAAGAAGGUUCGGAAGCCAAAACCUUGGAAGCAUCCUCAGCCAUUAACAAAGUCUCAGCUUUUGCAGUUGCGUGAAGAGUUUUGGGACACUGCUCCUCACUAUGGAGGCAGGAAAGAGAUUUGGGAUGCACUUCGAGCUGCUUCUGAAGCAGAUAUAAGCCUUGCACAAGCGAUUGUGGACAGUGCUGGGGUCAUUGUUCAAAAUGCUGAUUUAACAAUUUGCUAUGACGAAAGAGGUGCAAAAUAUGAACUACCGAAGUAUGUUUUGAGCGAACCAACCAACUUAAUUCGAGAGAGCUGACUCGAGGAGAAGAUAUGACAAACUUUGCUCACAAGAUUGAAUGUAAAUCAUGUAUAUUUUUCUCUCGUUCUCUUCCAUAUCUUAAAUAGAGACGGUCACUUUUACGCCUUUCCUUUCACGUUCACGUGAAUUCUUCUUAGUUUGCUGCAAGUUACUUUGGUUAAUUGAACAGUACCGCAAGUGUUGUGAAUAAGUUUUUGCAUGAUGUGAUUCAAUGCUUGUGCAAUAUGUUGUAGAAAUGCUUAAAAAGGUCAUACGGCCGUCGUGGUUCACU